AUGCAAACCAGUGCUGUGCUUGAGAAUUUACGUUUUCAUAUGAAAGUUCGUGGUCUGAAGGCUUACAUUGUGCCGACUGAGGAUUCCCAUCAAAAUGAAUAUAUUUCGCCGCAUGAUGCGAGAAGGGCUUUUAUCAGUGGAUUCAAUGGAUCAGCUGGUACUGCUGUUGUUACUCCGGAAAAAGCAUUAAUGUGGACGGACGGAAGAUACUAUCAACAAGCUGAAAAGCAAAUGGAUUCUAAUUGGGAGCUUAUGAAGGAUGGCUUACCUUCUACACCAACUAUUGGAAAAUGGAUUUGCGAUAACACACCUAUUAGCAGUAGUGUUGGUGUUGAUCCUAAGCUUAUUUCUUACCGACAAUGGAAGCCUAUUCAAAAGGAUAUGAAAUCUAGGGAUUGCACAUUAUUGCCUAUUGAAGAAAAUUUGGUUGAUCUUAUUUGGAAAGAACAACCAAACAGAACGUCAAAUCCUAUCCUGUACUUAAAACAAAAAUUCGCAGGGGUAACAGUUGCAGAUAAAUGGAAAGACGUUAAAAAUAAAAUGUCUGACAGGAAGGCUUGUGCGUUGGUGAUAACAGCUAUGGAUGAAAUUGCAUGGUUUUUGAAUCUUCGUGGAUCGGAUAUUGAUUAUAAUCCAGUCUUUUUCGCAUAUUUAAUUAUUCAAAUCAAUAGUAUUAAACUAUUCAUUGAUGAAUCAAAACUGCCGGAAGAUUUUAAAGGUCAUCAGGAAGAAAAUGGAGUCGAUAUUAUAGUUCAACCAUACGACUGUAUUGGAAGUGAUUUAAAGGCUACUGUAAAUUCUUUAAAAGAGGGAAAGAUAUGGAUCUCUCCGAAUUCCAGUUAUUACUUAUCUUCCAUAAUACCCAAGAGCAUAAGGGUUCAAGAAAUCACACCUUUAGCACUAAAUAAAGCUGUAAAAAAUAAAUCAGAAAUUAUGGGAUUCGUUAAUUGCCACAUUCGUGAUGGAGUUGCACUUUGUCAGUAUUUUGCUUGGUUAGAAUACUCUAUUAAAAAUGGAAUGAAUGUGAAUGAAAUGUCCGGAGCUACUAAAUUGGAAGAAUUCCGAUCUAAAAAUGAAUAUUACAUGGGCUUGAGCUUUCCAACAAUAAGUUCAAGUGGUCCCAACGGUUCUAUAAUACAUUAUCAGCCAACUAAAGAAACCAGUCGUCCGAUAACUGUUAAUGAAAUAUAUCUCUGCGAUUCUGGAGCCCAAUAUAUGGAUGGAACAACAGAUGUCACACGUACAUUUCAUUUUGGAGAGCCCACAGAUGUCCAAAAAGAAGCUUAUACACGAGUUUUAAAAGGACAAUUAGCAUUUGGCUGCACAAUUUUUCCCUCACGGGUUAAAGGUCAAAUGCUCGAUACAAUCGCAAGAAAAUCAUUAUGGGAUAUCGGACUCGACUACGGGCACGGAACAGGACAUGGUAUUGGAUCAUUUCUUAAUGUACAUGAAGGUCCUAUGGGAGUAGGAAUUCGACCCAUGCCUGAUGAUCCUGGAUUGCAAGAAAACAUGUUUAUUUCAAAUGAGCCAGGCUAUUAUCAAGACGGAGAGUUUGGUAUACGAAUUGAAGAUAUCGUUCAGAUUGUUCCAGCUUCCACUAGUUAUAAUUUCGCAGGAAGAGGUGGUUUGACAUUCAAAACUAUAACAAUGUGUCCAAAACAAACAAAGAUGAUCAAAAAAGAUUUGUUGACCAAUGUUGAGGUAAAUAUAUUGAAUACCUAUCACAACAAAGUAUGGGAGACGUUAUCGCCUAUUUUACGAGAGAAAAAUGAUGAUUUCACAUUGGAAUGGUUGGAGAAAGAAACUUGCAGAAUUUAAUUUUUAAUCUAAAUAACUUAAUAAAAAAUAUUUGCGUAAAACUA